AUGUCUAUAAAAUCUCAGAAAUCAUUAAAUGAUGAGUGUUCAGAGAUAUUUGAAAAGAGUUAUUCAGUAAGAAGCGCUUCAGAAGAAAGCCUGUUGUGUGAAGAUGACCUUGAAGAUUUAGCUCGAGAGCUGAUGAAGAAAAUGACGCCGGCGGUGCUGAGUAAACUAAGAAGGGUGUUUAGGAAGAACAAAGGCCGGAACCAAGCGAGAGAUAUAGACAGAAGGGUGGAGGAGGUAAUGAGGGCGGCUGCAGCUGAAGAGGGUAUACAGUUCGCUACGUCUGCUCCACAACCUGAAGACACGCUCUGGCUUGACGAAAAUUCAUUUGUGAAUGCUAUAGACAAUAUUUUUGGUCACCAUAAGUACAAUACUCAUGCACACAAGCUGUUCCAACUCCUGGACUCGUUCAAUACCAGCAAGAUUUGGUGGAGACAGCUGAUCAACCGUCUCGUCGCAGUUGGAGCGAAGAAGACCAGUUCAAGAGCUGAAGUAUGGAAACCUGCUAGAGAGAAGGAGAUGAGGAGACUGGAGCAUUGUAAAAGGGAAACCAUAGUGAAAUUACUGUGUGUGGAAAGAGAGGAUUCCUUCUGUUACGUGUCUGUAUCGAAGGGAGGUAGAGUCGGGGUCUACAGCGGACAUUUGCAGCUCAUGAACUCGUAUGAGGUAUUUUAUCACAGAUCAGGUGUGCGGCGAAGAAUUAAGAAUUGUUGGGUAACUGAUGCUAUAUAUUUAAACGAUGUCCAGAAUCUGAUACUGUCAGCAUCUGAUCGAAGCCUCACAAUAUAUGAUGCAACUACAUUAACACACACGCCUAUAUUCUGCAUCACUGGUCUUCCUAAUAUACCCACGUGUCUGGCGUACACGUCCUCGUCUGCUACGGGAGAUGGUUCAGAGCUGGUAUUCGGGACGGAGCGCGGAGAUCUGACAAGACUCCAAUUCCUACAGCCGAGAGUGUCUUUGUUCUACUGUAAAACACCAGAGAACAUCAACUACUAUUUUUGGAUGGAGUUACCAUCGCACCCUCAUACACUCUACUGCAACGUAACAACCUGGCGACAUGUCCACUCCCGUUCUGUACGGCGCGUGUCUUACACCAGGAAUGGCGACAUCAUUGUGUCCUGCUCACACGACUCAAGUGUGAGCGUGAGAGCGAGACAUGUCCCUGGAAAGCUGGAUGAUUAUACCUUCAAAGUGCAAAGGGGUGUGACUUGCUUCCACGUGGUAUCAUCCUUGCAUUUCCUUGUCACCGGGAGUUGUGAUGGCGUGGUGCGUUUAUGGGAAACUACGCAAUCAACACCGUAUGCUGCACUGAUGACUCCAACAGCUCCUGCUGUGUUGGAUGUAGCUGUGGUGGCUUCAGAAGAGAUCGUUUUGGCAUACUGUAAUAAUUGUACAAUUCAUAUUUGGGACAUGUACGAGGAAUGUCUGCUACAGUCGAUCAAGUUGAAAUUCCCCUUUCUGGGCGUACUGGGGAAGAAAAUUGAAUUUGGUGCAUUCUGUAUCCAUCCCGGUAAGUUCAACUUCAACUAUAAUUAA